UGAACUCUGAGCUCAUGUGUUUGUGACUCUUCACCUCUGUCUCCUCUCACAGGGAGAAGAUGAUCUGCAGCAUCCUGCUGCUCAUCAUCCUGACCUCCUGUGUCUCUGGAACAUUUGUAGUGAAUGUGACCCAGACCUCCUAUCAGGCAGAGGAGAACCACCACAUCACACUGGAGUGGACCUUCACAACCAACCCUCACACUUCCUCCAACUCUCUUUCUAUCGACUGUAAUAAGUUCUCUGAUCUCAGACCCUCAGUCCUGUUUCAUCUCCAUGAAGGAGUUGAGGCCCCAGAGUUUCAGGAUGAACAGUUUGCAGGACGAGUCCAGUGGGACAAAGACGUCCUCAGAGAAGGACGACUCAGACUUCAUGUGUCCAGACUCAGGACUGAAGACUCGGGACUGUAUGUGUGUAGAGUGCACACAAGUUAUGGGAGUAGCUCUGGUAAAUGUCGGCUCAAUGUCACUGCAGCGAGGGAUCGGCCUGAACCUGAGACACCAAACACAACAAGUCCACCACAGCCAGAGAGUCGGGGAAGGAUCGGUCUCUACUGUGGACUGACAGCAGCUCUGCUGGGUUUUUGUUUCUGUUUUUUCAGGCUUUGUUUAAAAAUCAAGAUUUCUACUCAGAGAAAAGUUCAGCAGACAAAGAGAGUUAACUUCUCCACUGCCAUCAUCGAGGCCAUCUUCACCUCCUCCAUCAGCGUCUAG